AUGACGACGCCCACAUACCAAACCACCAAGCCCUUGACGCGCCUCCUAAGCUUGAAUAAGGUCAAGCUCCUAGCCGUCUCCCUAGCACUAUCCACAACCAUUCUCCUGGCCUCAUAUUCAUGGAAAAACAACCUCAGUCUCGGCCACGUCCUGGACCUAUCGGCCGCGAGCGCCGAAAAUAAAGAUGCAGAUUCACCACCAGAACCCGAUUUCUGGAACUGGCAAACAAUCACCCAUUUCGAAAAAUAUAAAUCAAAGGGCCUACUAACAACAGAGGACAUCUGCGCCGACUUCCCCGCAAACAUCCUCUCUCGCGUCCAGGUCGUGCUCAAGACCGGCGCAACAGAAAGCGCAGACCGCAUCGACGCCUCCAUGACCUCCGUCACGCGCUGCAUAUCCAAUCUCCUCGUCGUCUCGGACCGCGCAACCGAGCUCCACGGCCACCGCGUCCACGACGUCCUCGCUGACCUAGCACCCCUCGCCGCACGCAUGAACAUCACAGACUUCGGCGCCUACGAGGCCCUGCAGCGCGGCGACAAGAAUUUUGGCGGCGCAGAGGGCUGGCGUCUGGACCGGUUCAAGUUCCUGCCUAUGAUCGAGCGCGCGAGGGAAGCCAAUCCGACGGCCGAAUGGUUCGUGUUCCUAGAAACAGACACCUACCUUUUCUGGGAUAAUGUGUUCCGGCUCCUGGACCAGUUUGAUCCAAGCGUGCCGCUGUACUUUGGGUCGCCGUCGCCGGGCUUUUGGCUGGAACAUGAGGAGCGGGUAUGGUUUGCGUAUGGGGGAUCUGGGUUCAUUCUUUCCAGGGCGGCUGUUGAGGUUUUGACGGAGCGGCAAGUGGGCGCCUUUGGCGAGUACGCGGAGCCGUCGGUUAGUGAGCGGUAUAUGGAAGUGGUGGAUCGCGAUUGCUGUGGGGACUCGGUGCUGGGGUUUGCGCUGUAUCAGAAGGGUGUUAAUAUCUCGGGCUUGUGGCCUAUGUUUAAUGCGCAUGCGUUGCAUGGGAUUCCGUUUGAUGCCAAGCACUGGUGUCAGCCUGUGAUUAGCUUGCAUAAGUCUUUGUUUGCGGAUAUGACGGGAUUGGCUAAGUGGGAGAGCGGGCGGGAUAGAUCGAACCCUGUUCUAUAUUCGGAUCUGGCUGAUUAUCUCCAGUUGGGAGAAUUGUCGGACCGGGUCGGUUGGGAUAAUGGUGAUUUUGGGGGACAUAUUGAGCCGCCCGAGUCGGAGGCGCAUGCCUCCUUGAGCGCGUGUCGGAUGGCGUGUCAAGACAGCGAUGCUUGUCUCUCAUUCACAUGGGAUGCAUCGGGGCAUUGUGUAUUUGUUCGCACAAUUCGUCUCGGGGCCGCAAAUAAUGUUUCGCCGGAUAAGCUGACGGCUGGGUGGGAUAACUCUGGGAUCCAGAGGUGGCGUGAGAGUAAUAAGUGCGAGGCGCCGAUGUGGGUGAAGCCAAGCAUAAAGAGAAUCUUUUAG